AGUCGUCUACGACACACCGUUCGGACAAGGUACACCCCAUCGUCAGCAAGAUCGUACGUUUUUAAUACGGAACAUAUUUAGAAAUAUUGCCAUUUCGCUUAUCAGUGAUGUGCAGUGGUGGCGCGUGCGGCCGUUGAGUACUAGCACAAUCGAAUGAAAAAAAAAUCGAACUCCAAGCGAUCAGUCGACUUGAAUUUAAAAUUGACCAGAAAAUUAAUCAGCAAGUCAAAAGGUCACUGAAAGUGAUCAAACAUACGGACUCGCAAAGUUAUCGCGUGGUCAAGGUUGUGUAGUGAAAAGAGGAAAACAGUAGGAAACCGUCGGGUAAUCACAAACAUCGAUCGACUCAUACCAUCCUCGUCGAACGAGCUGCAGCGAUUGGCAUUCGUGAACAACUGUGGCAGGUCCGGCCUGCCUGCCUGUAAACGAUCCCUGGCGGUCCUGAGUCGUCCUGAGUUCCGCACAUCAACAUGUGCAAGGCGCAGCUGUGCUAUUCCGAUGACAACUUUGUACGGCUGGGGUAAGGAGCUGCCAUUGGAACCUCCUUAGCUCCGGCAGUGCGAUCCUCGUUCGCGUAGCAGUAGUACAUAAGAGUUCGACCUGGAAGCGUGCCUCGUGGCACUGGGCCGGUUCACCGGUAAUCCGUCAAUCCGUCCGUCUGGCAAUCGCUGGUGUUCUGUGGGAUAGUAGCGAUCGGUCGAUUGCUUCUGUCGGUGGCCCACAACAGUGUCCUAGGCGAUCAACAUUGUCACCAUGUUCCAGGCCGCGCGUUCCGUUGCGGCCAGCAGUUCAGCCCGUACCCAAGGUCCACUCGUGUGGAAUCGAAAGACCGCGGAUGGCGGCGGUGACUGGUAUGAUGUCGAGGCCGGUGGUAGUGAAGGCGCAGAGAACGAACGGACGCCAUUGCUGCUACUCAGUGGUCGAGGCCGGAACGCCCAGUUGAGCGAGCGGCAUCCGGUGAGCAAACAGCGCCGCAACCAGGAACCCAACAAGGUACAUCCGGUCGCUCUGCUAUUGAUGCUCGCCUUGCUGGCCAUCCUGAUGCUGGGCAUCGUGAUCGGUGCCUACUUGCUAGUGCUGCAGAUCGAUCGUCCCUGGCCCGUAUCACAUCCGUUCUUUCUCGUGGAGCGCCCGGCCUGGUGGUAUCACUCGAAGGAAUUGCAGACGGCUGCUCUCGAUCGGGCCGCGAUUAAAGAUGUGAUCGUACUGCAUACGCAUACCGGAAGUUGCUUCGGUGAGCAGGAGUGUCUCCGCUUCUUGCAGCAAACCGAGGACAGAUCCUGGGCAGAGCGAAACGAUCACAUCCCGUACAAUUUUCUCAUCGGUGGCGACGGUAAUACGUAUGAAGCGCGCGGUUGGAAGUAUCAACACGGCUUCCACGAUCUACCCGGUAAAAACUCUACUCUAGUGGUGGGCAUGAUCGGAGACUUCAGCCAGCGGCACCCGACGGAUAUGCAGUAUGCCGAGCUGAAGGCGUUUCUUACCGAAUCUAUCCGUCGGCUCAGCCUUUCACCCCACUAUAAACUGCGUGGCAUCGUCAAUGGAACGCAGUCGACCGAGGACGCCACUACACUGUACCACCAAUUGCAACGUUGGCCUCACUGGGGGGGCCUGGUGCCGGUUUGAACUGCUCACCAGUACCGGCUCCCGCUUAACGAACCCCUUGAUCACAAUUUUGGAUUCAUUUGUUUACUAUUUUAUUUAUCACUAACUUGUUGACCUUACACUUUCGGUUAAUUACUAAAACUCAUUUCAAAGUAUUACACAGUUUGAAAGCUGGCGCGCGAUUUGUGGAAGCGCGUAGCGGUGCUAGAACAAUAGACAGGGUUGAAACAGGGAUCAAACCAAAUAAAAAUGAAACCAAAACAUAGAAAAUAUGUUGAACAAA